UAUGAUAUUUAAUGAUUAUGAGUAAAAAUGUAUUAAUAUAAAAAGUGGUUUUUAACAGAAUGGAAUCUGAAGUAGGAAAGGAGUGUGGUGGUGUUUUCUUGAAAGGGGGAUAAACAAGGUUGAUUUUCUGCAAAUUACUUAAUCAAUUCAUAAACCUAAUUUGUCAGAAUUUGUUUUGUUGGAUGAUUGGGAUGAGAUCCGUUGUUUGUUCGUAGGGCAACCUUGGCGCUGAAAGAGUAUAAAAAAGCAAUCUUAGUUUUUCAAUUUUAUUUGGAACGUUGUGAUUUUCCGGGUUUCCGUUUGAGGAAAGGACAAAUCGGCAUUGCUUCUGCUUUCUUUUUCCAUCCCCAUAGAUUACAUUAAAAAAAAAUAGUGAGAAAGAAAGGCCCUACUAAUUUAGGGUUCCUCUCCCUACACAGCGACAUUACGGAGUUCUUUGUAGGAGAGGAUGUGAGGGUUUGAGGUUAGUUAGUUUGGUUGUUUAUGUAAGAAAGAGAAUGGGUGUGGGUGUGGGGAAGUUGAGCUUGUUAUCGACGACCGACCUGGCUGUGUUAGCGGAGAGCAACGGCAAAUGCAAGAAGCAUGUGUGUUGGAGAUCCAAUGCGACGCCGUUUCGGCACCGGAAGCCGACUUCUUGGUCUGUGCUCUGCGUUUUCAUGCUUGUCGUGCUGGGUUUUAUUUCCCUCUUGACGGGCCACAUGGCCUCUGAUCUUGAAUGGUACUCUCAGCGAUUGGUCCGUCGCACACUCUACUCUUCUGUGGAGGGGAACUAUCGCGCGCCAAUCGAUGUUUGGAAAUCGCAGUAUUCUAAAUAUUACUACGGAUGCAGUGAAAGGGGACGCGGUUAUGCUCCUGCUGUGCUUGAGCGGUGGUCAAAUGGAUACUUGCUUAUUGGAACUAGCGGAGGACUGAAUCAACAAAGAACUGGGAUAACAGAUGCUGUUGUUGUUGCGCGAAUUCUUAAUGCCACACUAGUUGUACCCGAGUUGGAUCAUAAUUCUUUUUGGAAGGAUGACAGUGACUUUGUCCAUAUUUUUGAUGUUGAUUGGUUCAUUUCUCAUCUCGCAAAAGAUGUUACCAUCGUCAAAAGAGUUCCUGAUAAGUUUAUGCGGUCAAUGGAGAAACCACCAUAUACAAUGCGUGUCCCAAGGAAAUCAGAGCCUGAUUAUUAUCUUGAUCAAGUUUUACCCAUACUUUUGAGACGGCAGGUUGUUCAAUUGACAAAAUUUGACUACAGACUUGCAAAUAACCUCGAUGGUGAGCUACAGAAACUACGUUGCCGUGUCAAUUUUCAUGCUUUGAGAUUUACAAAACCUAUACAAGAACUUGGUCAAAGAAUUGUUAUGAGAAUGCAGAAGAUGGCACGGCGUUUCAUUGCUGUCCAUUUGAGGUUUGAACCGGAUAUGCUAGCAUUUUCACGUUGUUAUUUUGGUGGGGGAGAAAAGGAGAGACGUGAGCUUGGUGAAAUCAGAAAAAGGUGGACAACAUUACCUGAUUUGAGCCCAGAUGGAGAGCGAAAGCGAGGGAAAUGCCCUCUCACUCCUUAUGAAGUGGGUUUGAUGUUACGGGCACUUGGCUUUUCAAAUGACACAUAUCUCUAUGUUGCAUCGGGAGAAAUAUAUGGGGGAGAUGAAACCAUGCAGCCUCUCAAAGAUCUUUUCCCCAACAUCUAUACAAAGGAGAUGCUAGCUGAUGAAGAGCUGAAACCAUUCCUUCCAUUCUCUUCACGCCUUGCUGCUAUUGACUACAUUGUUUGUGAUGAAAGUGAUGUAUUUGUCACUAACAACAAUGGUAACAUGGCCAAGAUUCUCGCAGGUCGAAGGAGAUAUAUGGGCCACAAAAGAACAAUUAGACCAAAUGCAAAAAAGCUUAGCACGCUAUUUGAAGCAAGGCAUCAAAUGGACUGGGAUACCUUUUGUAGAAGGGUUAAGUCAUGUCAGAGAGGAUUCAUGGGAGAACCGGAUGAGAUGAGGCCUGGACGAGGUGAAUUUCAUGAAUUUCCUAGCUCUUGCAUCUGCAAGAGACCAUACAUUGAAGAACUCGGUGCCAUAAACCUGACAAAAGCUGAUUCCUCGUUGAAUGGAAUUAGAAGAAGAGGCAGUACGUGAAGGUACUUUUAAUCAGAGCUGUUAUUAUCUGGUGGGGGGCAAUCAGAGUUGCCACUCUCUCCGUUUAAUGCCAACUGAACGUCAAUUGAAAAUUGAAUGUUAUGGAAAUGCGUCCAUAUUGAUCUAUCCUUGUAAAUCAUGAGGGUUCCAGUUCUUAGGAAGGUGGCUCAGUUUAGAUCCUAAGGACGUCGAUGCGUUGCAAACUGUAGAUAUAUACAUACAUAUAUAUGAAUAUAUAUGCUUAGUUUAGUUCAGAUAUUCCUUCCUAUCUUUUUUCCCGCCUUCUCUCCUCACAGAAUUGGGUAACACAUUUUCUCUCAUUCUGUUCACCUAUUC